UUCACACCACCGUGUGUUUUCUAUACUUGCACUACCUAAUAAUUGUUCAAUCUCCGGACGUAUGAGCAGGCCACGCACUCGAUGUGGCUGCUUCCCGGAUAACUGAGCUUUCUUGUACGCGUACACGCGUGGCCGCAUGUGUGUUCGUUAAUGUACGCGUGUAUUUUACGAUGUGUGCGUACGCGUGUGCUGCAUCGCUUUUCGUCUGAUCGUCACAGGUGUCAAUUCUCCGUAUUGCCGCUUAAUAAAACUCGGACUCAUUGACUUUGCGCUCCCUCGCAAAUGCUCCUCGGUCGAGUCUUUUUCUGUGCUCCCUACGCCAAGAUACUCGCCGGUCUGAUUACCCUUUUUCCCACUCAAAUGUGCGUACUCACUGUUCAUCUUGCGGACGAAUAGUCUUCACCGGGUCGUGUGCGGGAGCGUGAAUAACAGUGAUUACUAGCGUGUUCCCUUCGAAUACUUCGCUGUCUUUGUUGCUUUUUUUUGUACACACGUAACUCGACGUUUGUAUAUACGAAUGUGUGUAUUUAUAUAGCGAUGUAUUGAGACAGCAAUUUUGGAGAUCAAUCGAUUUGGAAGUCGAGAGAACCCUCGGCAUCGUGGAUACAUCGAUCUUACUACAACGAAUAUAAAAGCGCUGUGGCUCCUCGAAAGAUAUCGAAAUUUACGUUACCGCGAGAAAGAGAGAGCGAGAGAGAGGCAGACUAUUCAGCAGCCGCCGCUCGAAAAUUAUACGCACUUGCGAAAUUAUACUCGCGAGCAAUACGCGAGAUCGCGGGCUGCGCGAAUAAAACUCGUCUCACCUGCUCGAACCUCCUGGAAAUGAUCUCGAUCGACGACGACGAAUCGUCCAUCUCCCGCAUAAUUUCUGCCCUCAAGUACCCCAAUGACCACCGAUCGGAUUCCCGAUAAUAAUUUCUUCAAUCGAUAAAUCAUCGGGACCAUUUUUAUCGCAAACUAUUUCGCAACUGCGAGUACUGCGUCAUCUCAGGAAAAUUAUCUCUCCGGACAAUUAUCCGUUACUCGGAGCUUUUGCGCUACGGUUUAUCUACGAAUUUGAUCAUUUCACGUGAUAUUUACAACCAAGUGGCAAACAUGAAUUGCGCUUAUCAGUAUCCGCAGCCUGCGCAUCCGCAAAACGUUAUGAUCCAGAACGUCAAUCAACCGAAUCAUCAUCCCACUACCGACACCGAAUUUCUUGAGGAUCAUCCAGGCUUGAGGGGGACACCAUUGGCAAUGCUGGCAGCGCAAUGCAACAAAUUGAGCAGCAAAAGUCCACCACCUUUGGCAGAUGCAGCGGUAGGAAAAGGAUUCCAUCCAUGGAAGAAGAGUCCGCAAAGCAGUGGCAGUUCACCGCAGCAUUCCGGGGGAGGAGGAGGAGGAGGAGGAGGAGGAGGAGGCGGCGGUGGUGGUGGCGGUGGAUGUACAGCAACGGGUGUGACACAAAGACCAGUGGCGACAAGUAGUGCUGGUAGUACAGGUGGUUACGCAAGGGCUCCAGUCACAUCUUGUGCCUCAACGGCACCUCAAUAUGGCAGUGAUUUAUACUUUCCUGGUACGGCCUCGGCUCAACCUGCCGGGGAUCCUCACCAUCAUCAGAGCAGUUUGCUCGGUAAAGUUGAAGGAGCGACACUCGGUUCGGUAUACGGAAGACACCCGUACGAAUCAUGGCCUUUCAAUGCGAUGCCCGGUGCUACUCACGGAGGGAUCAAGGCCGGCGAUGGUUGGUGGGAUGUUCACGGUGCGGCUACCGGCGGUUGGUUAGACGUCAGCGGAACCGUAGGCGUUGGUGUUCAUGCACAAAUGGCAAACUACUCAGCCGAUUAUUCGACGAGUCUCGCACUCGCCGGUAAUCAUUUGUUAACAUCAGCGACAACGGCCGGUCACAAUCUCCUACAAGACACGUAUAAAUCCAUGUUACCGGGUGGUCCACCGAGUUUCGGACUGCACGCGCAUCAUGCCGCAACGAGCGGAGGCGGCGGCGGCGCUGGUAGUCCACAGGGUGGCGCAGGUGGCGGAGUAAGUCAAGCGCCCUCGCCCCGCUCUCAAAGACGAUACACAGGAAGAGCAACUUGUGACUGUCCAAAUUGCCAAGAGGCCGAGAGACUUGGACCUGCUGGUGUCCACCUAAGGAAGAAGAACAUCCACAGCUGCCACAUACCGGGCUGCGGCAAGGUCUACGGGAAGACGUCUCAUCUGAAGGCCCACUUACGGUGGCACACUGCGGCACCUUCGAACCCACACCGGCGAAAAGAGAUUCGCCUGCCCGGUCUGCAACAAGCGGUUCAUGCGCAGCGACCAUCUCGCGAAGCACGUCAAGACCCACAGCAGCAGCAGCAGCAGCAGCGGCAGCAAGGGCAAGGGGGGAGCGGGGAGCUCCUCGGCCGAGUCCUGCUCCGACAGCGAGGACAACGGGAGUCAGCAGAGUCCCACUUCCAGCAACUCGGUACCGGUACAGGUACCGGUGCAACCGUCGGGGCAAGCUCAACAGCAGCAGCAGGCCCUGCCGGGGGUACCGGGGGUGGUACCGCAGGACGUCAACUCUCAGGUCACCGUUCACCAACCGACAACCCCCAUGACCCCAAUGCAGAUGACCCCACCGCCUCUGACCCCACACCAUCCCCACCACCCGCAUCUCCCGCCUCUAAUGCACCAUCCUCAUCAUCACGCAACAUCCGUGGCGGCCCACCACCCCCACGCGGGGAUGAGCAUGCACUGAGCCCGGUGGGGCCCGGAGCCGCCGGUGGCUGCAAUAACGGUGCCCCAACGGCCCUGGGCUCCCCAUUAUCCUACCCCCUCAACCUGAACCUCAUUCAGCAGCAGCACCAGAAUCACUCCAUCAAUCCCCAUCACCAUCACCAACACCAUCAACAACAAUCCCACCCGCACCAUCACAAUCAUCAUCAACAACAACAACAACAACAACAGCAACAACAACAACACCAUCAUCAUCAACAGCAACAACAACACCAACAUCACCAGCAACAAUCACGACAGAACAAUUCAUACACACAGAACCCUGGUACACCUGGUAAUCCACAGACACCUUCUCCCUCAUCACCAGCACCUGUACAUAGCCUCUAAAUACUUCAUCGGAACUUUCUUCCCCUCUCCAAAUCCUCCCUCCUUUUAUUAUCUUCUUCUGCUUUUUCUACCGCUGUUACCCCCCCCCCCCCCUCCCCCUGCCGGAGUACAUUCCGUGCACCGAGAUCACGACCGAAUCGAGUCGUCACUGCGUACCACAACCACCACAAGCGCUUUAUAACGCGCGGCUACUAGCACCGAUCACCUCUCAGCUCCCGCCACGACCUUGCCCCUUUGCACACUCUAUUGUCCAAUUUAUCGAACGUGUAAAUAAUAUACAUAGUGCGUGAGAGAUGAUAUUAUAUUAGAGCGAUAUAAUAUUGUAAAAAGUGACACAUACAACACACACCAACACUCACACACAUGAAAAUAUCGUCCCGUCAGAACAAAAAAAAGUAACAAAAAGAAAUACAAACACAUACUCACGAAUACGAGUGAACCGGACGCGUCAUUUUUCGAUAGAUACGGUUCAUGAAUUCUAUACCCGGAUGUGUAUACCACUAUUCUCGGUCAGGUUCCAUACGUCAGUUCAUAAAUAUAGUAUUGCGAAAAUUACCCGAAAUUAAAUGAGAUAUACUCGAAUUAUAUUGGGUUUACGAUACCACCGCGAUCGUUCGAACGAAAUUUAUUUAAAAAAAUAUCAAAUCCGCUUGAUGCGAACAAGUCGAGCUAGCCUCGAUGAAGAAAAUUUGAACCGGAAUAAAAAAAAAAAAAAAAAAAAAAAAAAAA